AUGAGCUCGAUGAGUGCUGAACCUCCACUCACUCAAGCAUGUCAGAGGUGCUGGCGAAGAAAACAGAAGUGUGGUCGGCAAAGACCACAAUGCACUGAAUGCGUCCGAGCUGGAGCGCAAUGUCUGCCUCGAGUCUGGGGUCGUGUACUUGAGGGUGAUGGUGACCCAGCCUUUGAUGAUGGCUCCUCUGCCAGGAGCGUGAUUGAACAGAUGAGAAGCAGGAUAGCCCUUCUAGAAUCACAGGAAGGUCUUUCCGGUGUUCGGAAUGGCGAUGAUGCUGCAUUGACCGCUCAUACUUCGGAGAGCAGUCACGUCGAUCCAAGCACCGGCACUGCAGCAGCGCAACUUGAAGGGGCCUUGCUCGAGAACACGACAAGUGAAGUAGGGUAUCUCUCGGUUGCCGCCAUGAGUGGACCUGACCGACAAGACAUGAAUGCUCAUAACAGUCCCUCUUUUGCCACUUUGGUUCGCCAUACUACACAUUUAUCAAGAGAUCCUGUAUCAUCUCGGCGGCUUGUCAAUGACAACUCCUCCACUCCGCAAAGUCAGAGCCUGCUUGAGAUUCAAGCCGAGUUAACGAAGCUCUGCAACUGCGACUUGCGAUUCUUCGUCGAUGCUUAUAUCAAGAAUGCAGGACACAUAUUUCCAUGCAUUUCGCAGGCAAGGUGCCAUGAGGCAUUGAACACAGCUCUGCAAUCUGAAAAAAAUGGUGAUGCAUUGCAAGGGCAUCAUACGGCGAGCGAAAGUGUGAUGGUUACUUGUUUUACUGCCAGCCUCGGUAUUCUCCACAGUGCCCAUGUACGCACAAUCUCACACUCACUUCAAUGCCUUAUGGCUGCGGCGCUUGCAAUGCUGCCUGCAGCCGUAGCCGAGACUUCGGACAUUGAAGCUGUUCGAUUCUUGCUAUUGGCGGCGGUUCUUGGCCUUCAUCGCUUCGAGGAAACUUCUAGCUGGCAUUUCAUAGGACUUGCUAUCACUAAAGCUAUAUCUGCUGGUCUGCAUCGAAACAAAAUUCCAGAGAGCAGCAGUGACGACUCUCAAACUCUCCUGUGGACACUUUACAACCUUGACCGUGCCUGUUCCUUUGUGAUGGACCGGCCUUUCAGCAUUGAAGAUAGUGAUAUGACCAUUGAGCUACCCCAAGCCACUUCCUUAGCUACUACUCGACCCACAACUGUGGAUUUGCACCCCUUUUUUGUCUGGAGUGUGCACUACGCUCGCACGAUGUCCGAAUGGAAGCGUCAGCUUGUUCCCGAUCCCGAGAUAUGCCACUCAAGCUUUGCUUACUGGCGAGAAACGUGCCACGAGUACGUUAUGUCAACCCAGUCAGGUAGCGAUCAAGCGUCCUCGGACCAAGUAAGCUCUACCAUCCUUGUGAGCGUAGCUGAGGCCCAGCUCACGUGUCGUGCACUCGUGCAUCUCCUGCUUCAAGCUCUGCAUAGCCCAUUGCCUCCCUUGUCCUUAUUGCAACGUGUGCGCAAGGGUCUCGAGCACGAAGUACCGCAAUAUCUGGCAAGUUACAAAGCUGCGAUGGAUACGGAAAGCCUGGGUCCUAACUUGCUAGACGCGUAUGAUAUCCUAGCGGCCUUCCUCGGCUAUAUAUACUCUCGUCAGUCAUUUGUACUCGACCAGACAGGGAAACAAUCGCAAUUUGGCACCAUACAUAUCGGUGUCGCGGGAAUGAGGCUGGUAACCUUGGGCAUGGAUGUCUUGCAGAAAAUAUCCGACAGAUUCGAGCCGAUUUUAGACUUAAAGGAGUUACUGUGGUGCUUUCUCACUGCCCUUGAAAGCCAUGGGCAGUCUACGACUCUGCCAGGCCAAAGUUCGCAGCCUACAGCAGUGCAUACUGUGAGAGAAGCGCUUUCAGAAAGUCGGAUACCGGUGCCUCCACACCUGGCUCUUCUCAUGGAGCGUGCAUUUUCUUGA